CAGCAUUCUCAGAAGUCUCAUCGUUUUCUGAGACUUCUACCUAGUCGCUACGUGAUCAAAAAUGCAGGUUCCACUUCUGAUCUUAGACACUCUGGAUGAGCUGAGUGGUAAUGAAUUCAAAAGGUUUCAGUGGAACCUCACUCAGGAAGUGCUGAGUGAAUGUAAGCCCUUUCGUAAGGGCCAGCUAGAGAACCAGGAGAGGGAAGACAUCGUGAAUAAGAUGAUCAACAGCUACGGAGAAGAACCGGCUGUGAACGUCACGGCUGAAAUCCUGAAGAGGAUAAACUACAACAAUGCAGCGGACAAGUUAAAGAAGGCAUACGCAGGGGGAUCAACAGAUGGGAAAAACCCUCCACCUCCCUCCUCCUCCUCCUCCUCCUCCUCCUCCUCCUCUGACGUGGCUCCUGCUGCUGGCGCCUCAGUUUUUGCCCAGGGUGGAAGUGUCAUUGUGGCUCCAAAUAUCCAAGGCGCCAGCUCUGGGGGAUCAGCAGCUGGGAAAAACCCUCCAACUCCCUCCUCCUCCUCUUCCUCUUCCUCCUCUGACGUGGCUCCUGCUGUUGGCGCCUCAGUUUGUGCCCAGGGUGGAAGUCGCAUUGUGGCUCCAAAUUACCAUGACCCCAGCUCUGGUGUGUCAAUGAAUAUUAACAUAAAUACACAGUAA